AUGGCGGCGGUGCUGCAGCAGGUGCUGGAGCGCGGCGAGCUGGGCAAGCUGCCCCGCGCCGUGCAGGCCAAGCUCGAGCGCUUCCUGGGCGACCAGCAGAGCGAGAUCGACGGGCUCCGCGCCCGCCACGAGCGCUUCAAGGUGGACAGCGAACAACAAUACUUUGAAGUAGAAAAGCGCCUGGCUCAGAGUGAGGAGAGGCUUGUAAAUGAGACACAAGAAUGUCAAACUCUUCGUGAGGAGCUUAAAAAACUUAAUGACCAGUUGAAGUCUGUGAAUGAGAAAAAUAAAGAACUUGAAGCUGCUCAGGACAGAAACACAGCCAUACAGAGCCAUCUAAGUAGAGAAAAAGAAGAACUGGAAGCUGAGAAGAGGGAUCUGGUUCGAACAAGCGAAAGACGAUCUCAGGAAGUUGAACAUUUAAACGAGGAUGUUAAACGUUUAAAUGAAAAACUUACAGAAGCAAACACAGAAAAGGUGAAACUUCAGUUGAAGUUAGAUGAACUUCAGACAUCAGAUGUUUCUGUGAAGUAUCGUGAAAAAAGGUUGGAACAGGAAAAAGAUCUACUACAGAAUCAAAACACUUGGCUGAACACGGAGUUGAAAGCCAAAACAGAUGAACUUCUACAUACUGCCAGAGAAAAAGGCAAUGAGAUCUUGGAGCUUAAAUGUAAUUUGGAGAACAAGAAAGAGGAGGUUUCCAGAAUGGAAGAACAGGUAAACAGCUUAAAACAAUCAAAUGAAAAUCUUCAGAAACGUGUGGAAGACCUUUUGAGUAAAUUGAAGGAGGCAAAAGAACAGCAAGCUAGUAUGGAGGAAAGGUUCCACAAUGAACUGAACGCCCACAUUAAAUUAUCCAACUUGUAUAAGAGUGCUGCUGAUGAUUCCGAGGCGAAGAGUAAUGAACUGACAGGAGCAGUAGAAGAAUUGCACAAACUCCUGAAAGAAGCAGGUGAAGCUAAUAAAGCGACACAGGAGCAUUUGGCUGAAGUGGAAGAGUCUAAAGCUGCCAUGGAAAAAGAACUGAAAGAAAAGAUCAGUAAGCUGGAAAAAGAGCUGGAGAAUGCUAACGACUUGCUGUCUGCUACAAAACGAAAAGGUGCCAUCCUGUCUGAGGAGGAACUAGCAGCUAUGUCUCCUACUGCUGCAGCAGUUGCCAAAGUAGUUAAACCUGGAAUGAAAUUAACUGAGCUGUACAAUGCAUAUGUAGAAACUCAGGAUCAGUUGCUUUUGGAAAAGCUGGAGAAUAAGAGAAUUAAUAAAUAUUUGGAUGAAAUAGUGCAGGAAGUGGAAGCCAAAGCACCAAUCCUAAAACGGCAGCGUGAAGAGUUUGAGCGCUCCCAGAAGGCUGUUGCUAGUCUGUCUGCAAAGCUUGAACAAGCUAUGAAGGAAAUCCAGCGAUUACAGGAGGAUGCUGAUGUAGCCAAUAAGCAUGCCUCUGUGCUUGAAAGAGAAAACCAGAGACUGGAAAUACAAGUAAAAGACUUCUCACAGCAGAUUCGUGUACUCUUAAUGGAAAUUGAAGAAGCUAGAGGCAAUCACGUGAUUCGUGAUGAAGAAGUGACUUCUGCUGACAUCAGUAGCUCUUCUGAAGUAAUAUCUCGACAUCUAGUCUCUUACAGAAAUAUUGAAGAGCUUCAACAACAGAAUCAGCGUCUCUUGGUGGCUCUUCGGGAGCUAGGAGAGGCCAGGGAAAAGGAGGAGCAAGAAACAACAUCAUCAAGAAUUUCUGACCUUCAGAGCCAGCUCGAUAAAGCCCUGGACGAGCUGGAGAAGCUGCGUGAGUCGCGUCAUCACCACCUGCAGCUGGUGGAGUCUGUGGUUCGUCAGCGUGACAUGUACCGCAUCCUGCUGGCACAGACCACGGGAGCUAUCAUUCCUUUGCAAGCUUCAGGAAUAUUAGCAGAGGAGAUGUCUCUUACAUCUACUCCAAAACGUUCGACUAUACCUCAAGCCAUGUCAACUCCUGCUCAAGUAUCAAUGAAUGAGUCAGUGGAGACUCUGGAGGCAAAGGCAGCUCUUAAACAGUUACAGGAAGUUUUUGAGAACUACAAGAAAGAGAAGGCAGAGAAUGACAAGUUACUGAAUGAACAAAAUGAGAAACUUCAGGAGCAAGUCACAGACUUAAGGUCACAAAAUGCAAAGAUAUCCACACAGCUGGAGUUUGCCUCCAAACGUUACGAAAUGCUUCAGGAUAACGUUGAAGGGUAUCGUCGAGAAAUAACAUCUUUGCAUGAGAGAAACCAGAAACUCACGGCUACAACUCAGAAGGAAGAGACAAUAAUUAACACCAUGACUCAAGACCUGAGGGGAGCUAAUGAAAAACUGGCAGUGGCAGAAGUGAGAGCAGAAAACUUGAAAAAAGAGAAGGAUAUCUUGAAGAUGUCAGACGUGCGCUUGACUCAGCAACGUGACUCUCUGCUAGUUGAACAAAGAGGGCAGAAUUUACUGCUUACUAAUUUGCGAACGAUUCAGGGAAUAUUAGAGAGGUCUGAGACAGAAACAAAGCAAAGACUCAAUAAUCAGAUAGAGAAGCUGGAGCGUGAGAUAUCUCAGCUGAAGAAGAAACUAGAAAGUGAGGUGGAACAAAGGCAUGCCCUUACCAAAAAUCAAGAGGUUCAUAUCCUGGAUCUGAAGAGGCAACUUGAGACUGAGACAAACCGUCAUGUUAGCACCAAGGAAAUUCUGAAAAAUGCCCAAAAAGAAACAGCGAUUUUGAAACAGCAGCUUAAUAAUACAGAGGCUCAAUUAGCAUCUCAGUCUUCACAGAGGGUUCCAGGGAAAGGUCAGCCAAAUAGAAAUGAAGAUGUGGAUGAUCUUGUAAGUCAACUAAGACAAGCUGAGGAACAAGUUAAUGACCUGAGAGAAAGACUCAAGACUAGUUCUAGUAAUGUGGAGCAAUACAGGGCUAUGGUGCUUAGUCUAGAGGAAUCCCUUAAUAAGGAAAAACAAGUGACAGAGGACGUUCGUGCAACAGUUGAAGCUCGACUGAAGGAGUCUUCAGAGUAUCAAGCGCAGCUUGAAAAGAAGCUGAUGGAGGCAGAGAAAGAAAAGCAAGAACUUCAGGAGGAGAAGCGCAAAGCCUUGGAGAGUAUGGAACAACAGCUGGUAGAACUGAAGAAAAGUCUGUCAACCGUGCAAUCGGAAGUUCAGGAAGCUCUUCAGAGAGCUGGAACAGCUCUGAAUAAUGAACAGCAAGCCCGACGUGACUGCCAGGAGCAAGCAAAGAUAGCUUCUGAGGCUCAGAACAAAUACGAGCGGGAGCUGAUGCUCCACGCUGCCGACGUGGAAGCGCUGCAGGCCAUCAAGGAGCAAGUCGCCAAGAACACGGCAGUCAGGCAGCAGCUGGAGGAAGCUGCUCGGAAAGCCGAGUCUGAACUGCUAGAGUGUAAAGCCUCCUGGGAAGAGAGAGAGAGAAUGAUCAAGGAUGAAGCUUCAACGCACGCAUCCCGCUGUGAAGACCUGGAAAAGCAAAAUCGAUUGUUACAUGAACAACUGGAAAGUCUCAGCAGCAAGAUGGUGACCUCUAUGAAAGAAGCUAUGCCAAGUGCAUUGAAUGUCUCUCUCAAUGAGGAAGGCAAAUCUCAGGAACAAAUCUUAGAAAUUCUUAGAUUUAUACGUCGAGAAAAGGAGAUUGCAGAAACUAGGUUUGAGGUGGCUCAGGUGGAGAGUCUGCGAUACCGUCAGAGAGUAGAGCACCUGGAAAGGGAGCUCCAGGAGCUGCAGGACAGUCUCAAUGCUGAGAGAGAGAAAGUGCAGGUAACAGCAAAAACCAUUGCACAGCAUGAAGAAUUAAUGAAAAAAACUGAGACUAUGAACAUACUGAUAGAAACCAACAAGAUGCUGAGAGAAGAAAAGGAGAGAUUAGAACAAGAACUCCAACAAAUGCAAGCAAAGGUGCGCAAACUUGAGGCGGACAUCCUGCCUCUCCAGGAGUCCAAUGCUGAGCUGAGUGAGAAGAGCGGAAUGUUGCAGGCAGAGAAAAAGCUUUUGGAAGAAGAUGUCAAACGCUGGAAAGCCCGGACCCAGCAUUUGUUGAGUCAACAGAAGGACACUGAUCUUGAAGAAUAUCGGAAGCUGCUGUCAGAGAAAGAGGCAAAUAACAAGCGAAUACAGCAAAUGAGUGAAGAAACAGGCCGGCUUAAAGCAGAAAUAGCCAGAGCUAACGCUUCCUUGACUACAAGCCAGAAUCUUGUUCAGAACCUGAAGGAUGAAGUAACAAAAAUAAGGACAGAAAAGGACGCUUUGCAGAAAGAACUAGAAGUUAAAGUAGCUGACAUACAAGAAAAAAUGAAAACUAUAACACAGGUCAAGAAAAUUGGGCGCAGAUAUAAGACUCAGUAUGAGGAGCUGAAGGCACAGCAUGAUAAGCUGGUUGCAGAAGCAUCAACUCAACCUUGUACAGAACAACAAGAAGAGCAAGUUUCUGCCCAGGAAGUACAAGAGCUGAAAGACUCUCUUGGUCAAGCUGAAGGGAAGAUAAAGGCUUUGGAGGGUCAGGUUGAAACCUUACAGAAGACUAUAACAGAGAAGGAAACGGAAGCUAGAAAUCUUCAGGAGCAGAUAUCACAGCUACAGUCAGAGAUUGCUCGUUUUCAUCAAGAUCUGCAAGAGAAGACUACACAGGAAGAACAGCUCAGGCAACAGAUCACUGAGAAAGAAGAGAAAACUAGGAAGACUCUGCUCGCAGCCAAGCAGAAAAUUGCACAAUUAGCUGGUACGAAAGAACAGCUAACAAAAGAGAAUGAAGAGUGGAAGCAAAAGAGCACCUCAUUAGAAGAGCAGAAGACGGAGCUGGAGGUGCGGAUGAGCGCGCUCAAAUCGCAGUACGAGGGUCGGAUCUGCCGCCUGGAGAGGGAGCUUAGAGAGCAGCAAGAGCGACACCAUGAGCAGCGAGAUGAGCCACCCGAAUCUACAAAUAAGGUUCCAGAACAACAGAGGCAAAUCUCACUCAAACCCACUCCAGCUUCAGGUGAAAGAGGAAUUGCUAGCACUUCAGAUCCUCCAACAGCAAAUAUUAAACCAACUCCUGUGGUGUCGACUCCAAGUAAAGUGACUGCAGCUGCGAUGGCUGGGAACAAGUCUACUCCGAGGGCCAGUAUCCGUCCUAUGGUUACUCCUGCUACAGUUACAAACCCUACCACUACUCCAACAGCCACAGUUAUGCCAACGACACAGGUGGAGACCCAGGAAGCUAUGCAGUCAGAGGGGCCUGUGGAGCACGUUCCAGUCUUCGGGAGCACGAGCGGAUCUGUGCGUUCCACCAGCCCGAAUGUUCAGACGUCCCUCUCGCAGCCCAUCCUCACUGUUCAGCAGCAGACUCAGGCAACUGCUUUUGUGCAGCCCACUCAGCAAAGUCACGCUCAGAUUGAGCCUGCUAGCCAGGAGCCUUCACCUGCCAUUGUAGAAGUGGUGCAGAGCUCUCAAAUAGAGAGGCCCUCCACUUCCACAUCAGUCUUUGGCACAGUUUCAGCUACCCCAAGUUCUUCACUGUCUAAACGUCCCCGAGAGGAAGAGGAGGAUAACACUGUAGAAAACUCGGACCAAAUUUCAGAGGAAACGGUGGAUGUACCUCUUCCAAAGAAAUUCAGGAAUAUACAGAGAGUUGGGCCUGAGGAGGAAGUGGCAGCAGAAGAGAGCACUGAUGGUGAAGUAGAAGCUCAGGCCUACAACCAGGAUUCACAAGACUCCAUUGGAGAAGGGGUUACUCAGGGAGAGUAUGCUCCCAUGGAGGAUAGUGAAGAAACUUCUCAGUCCAUACCAAUAGAUCUUGGACCUCUUCAGUCAGAUCAGCAGAACACGUGUUCGUCUCAGGAUGGUCAGUCCAAGAGAGAUGAUGUCAUCGUAAUUGAUAGUGAUGAUGAAGAUGAUGAUGAUGAAGAAAACGAAGGCGAGCAAGAAGAUUAUGAGGAUGAAGAAGAGGAAGAUGAGGAUGAUGAUGAAGACACAGGGAUGGGAGACGAAGGUGAUGACAGUAAUGAAGGAACUGGUAGUGCUGAUGGUAAUGAUGGAUAUGAAGCAGAUGAUGCUGAGGGUGCAGAUGGUACAGAUCCUGGAACAGAAACUGAGGAGAGCAUGGGAGGAGGUGAAAGCAACCAGAGGGCAGCAGAUUCUCAAAACAGCGGUGAAGGGAGUACAAGUGCUGCAGAGUCCACUUUUCCUCACGAAAGCUCAAGAGAACAGCAGCCAUCAUCUGCCUCGGAGCGGCAGCCCCCUCGACCUCCCCAGUCACCACGCAGGCCACCGCAUCCGUUGCCACCACGAUUAACUAUUCAUGCUCCUCCCCAAGAACUGGGUCCCCCUGUACAGAGAAUCCAGAUGACUCGAAGACAGUCAGUGGGACGUGGACUUCAGCUGACUCCUGGUAUAGGUGGGAUGCAGCAGCACUUCUUUGAUGAUGAGGACAGAACAGUUCCCAGCACACCAACUCUUGUAGUACCACAUCGUACAGAUGGAUUUGCAGAAGCUAUUCAUUCCCCUCAGGUCGCUGGAGUUCCUAGGUUCAGAUUUGGCCCCCCUGAAGAUAUGCCACAGACUAGUUCCAGCCACUCUGAUCUUGGUCAGCUUGCAUCACAAGGAGGUUUAGGAAUGUAUGAAACUCCACUCUUCCUUGCUCAUGAGGAAGAAUCGGGUGGUCGUAGUGUUCCAACAACACCCUUGCAAGUAGCAGCACCAGUGACAGUUUUUACAGAAAGCACAUCAGCGGACGCCUCGGAACAUGCUUCCCAGUCUGUUCCAAUGGUUACUACAUCUACUGGCAACCUGUCCACAACUACAGAGUCUGGAGCUGGGGAUGAUGGAGAUGAAGUCUUUGCAGAGGCAGAAUCUGAAGGAAUUACUUCAGAAGCUGGUCUAGAAAUUGAUAGUCAACAGGAAGAAGAAGCUGUUCAAGCAUCUGAUGAGUCAGACCUUCCAUCUACUAGUCAAGAUCCUCCUUCUAGUUCAUCUGCAGACACAAGUACUAAUCAGCCUAAGACAAUUCGCCGUGUCCGGCUUCAGCCACCAACAUUAAGAACCAGUGUUCGUGGUCGGCAGUUCAACAGACAGAGGGGUGUAACUCAUGCAAUGGGAGGCAGAGGAGGCCUGAACAGAGGCAAUAUUAGUUAAAUGGUCUGUAAAGUUGUGACAACUCUGUAUAAAAAGUGCCAGUUUGCCUGUGGUUGCUUUAGUGUAAUGAAAACAGAGCUUAAAGCUGCAUUUUAUACUUAGAUGUGUGCACACAAUUCAAUGUCUUUAUUAAUAAAAUCAGACAAACUUAAUAUUAAAAUGUCAUCUU